AAGGGGAGUUGGGGACCGCGAAGAGCGCGGUGGAGGCGUCCGAAGGACAGGCUCGCUCCGCGCGCCGGCUCUCGCCCUCCCGCGAACUGGAUGUGGGCAGCAGCGGCCGCAGAGACCUCGGGACCCCCGCGCAAUGUGGCAAUGGAAGGCGCAGGGUCUGACUCCCCGGCAGCGGCCGCGGCCGCAGCGCCUGCAGCGCCCGCCGUGUGAGCAGGAGCAGCGGCAGCAGCAGCAGCAGGUCUGUCAACCGGAGCCCGAGCCCGAGCAGCCGGCGGCCAGCAGCGUCCUCGCGAGCCGAGUGCCCAGGCGCGCCGGGAGUUCGCAGCGGCGGCAGCAGCAGCGUGCCGGGCCGCCCGGGAAGCCUCGGUCCCCGUGGCGGCGGCGGCAACGGCAACAUGGCCUCGGCUGUUAACACCGCCGAGCCCCAGGACGGCGGCGGCGGCUGCAGCGGGGCCCUGGGCCGGACGGCCGGUGGCGGGAGGCGCAGACGGACCGGGGGGCUGCGCCGCGCGGCCGCGCCGGACCGGGACUAUCUGCACCGGCCCAGCUACUGCGACGCCGCCUUCGCUCUGGAGCAGAUUUCCAAGGGGAAGGCUACUGGCCGGAAAGCGCCGCUGUGGCUGAGAGCGAAGUUUCAGAGACUCUUAUUUAAACUGGGUUGUUACAUUCAAAAAAACUGCGGCAAGUUCUUGGUUGUGGGCCUCCUCAUAUUCGGGGCCUUCGCUGUGGGAUUAAAGGCAGCUAAUCUCGAGACCAACGUGGAGGAGCUGUGGGUGGAAGUUGGUGGGCGAGUAAGUCGUGAAUUAAAUUAUACUCGCCAGAAGAUUGGAGAAGAGGCCAUGUUUAAUCCUCAGCUCAUGAUACAGACCCCAAAAGAAGAAGGUGCUAAUGUCCUGACCACAGAAGCGCUCCUGCAACACCUGGACUCUGCGCUCCAGGCCAGCCGGGUCCACGUGUACAUGUACAACAGGCAGUGGAAAUUGGAACAUUUGUGUUACAAAUCAGGAGAACUUAUCACAGAAACCGGUUACAUGGAUCAGAUCAUAGAAUAUCUUUACCCUUGUUUAAUCAUUACACCUUUGGACUGCUUCUGGGAAGGGGCAAAGUUACAGUCGGGGACGGCGUACCUCCUAGGUAAACCUCCUUUGCGGUGGACCAACUUUGACCCUUUGGAAUUCCUAGAAGAGUUAAAGAAAAUAAAUUAUCAAGUAGACAGCUGGGAGGAGAUGCUGAAUAAGGCUGAAGUGGGGCAUGGGUACAUGGACCGCCCCUGCCUCAACCCCGCUGAUCCCGACUGCCCUGCAACAGCCCCCAACAAGAACUCAACCCGACCUCUUGAUAUGGCCCUUGUUUUGAAUGGUGGAUGCCAUGGAUUAUCCCGAAAAUACAUGCACUGGCAGGAAGAACUGAUUGUGGGUGGUACAGUCAAGAACAGCACUGGGAAGCUCCUCAGCGCCCACGCCCUGCAGACCAUGUUCCAGCUGAUGACUCCCAAGCAGAUGUAUGAACACUUCAAGGGCUACGAGUACGUGUCACACAUCAACUGGAACGAGGACAAAGCGGCAGCCAUCCUGGAGGCUUGGCAGAGGACUUAUGUGGAGGUGGUUCAUCAAAGCGUCGCCCAGAAUUCCACCCAAAAGGUGCUCUCCUUCACCACCACCACCCUGGAUGACAUCCUGAAAUCCUUUUCUGAUGUCAGCGUCAUCCGUGUGGCCAGUGGCUACUUACUGAUGCUUGCCUAUGCCUGCUUGACCAUGCUGCGCUGGGACUGCUCCAAGUCCCAGGGUGCCGUGGGGCUGGCAGGCGUCCUCCUGGUCGCCCUGUCGGUGGCAGCAGGAUUGGGCCUGUGCUCCUUGAUCGGGAUUUCCUUUAACGCUGCAACAACUCAGGUCUUGCCAUUUCUCGCUCUUGGUGUUGGCGUGGACGAUGUUUUCCUACUGGCACAUGCGUUUAGUGAAACGGGACAGAAUAAAAGGAUCCCCUUUGAGGACAGGACCGGGGAGUGCCUCAAGCGGACGGGCGCCAGCGUGGCCCUCACCUCCAUCAGCAAUGUCACCGCCUUCUUCAUGGCUGCACUCAUCCCCAUCCCUGCCCUGCGGGCAUUCUCCCUCCAGGCUGCGGUGGUGGUGGUAUUCAACUUUGCCAUGGUGCUGCUCAUCUUCCCUGCCAUCCUCAGCAUGGAUUUGUAUCGGCGCGAGGACAGGAGAUUGGAUAUUUUCUGCUGUUUUACAAGCCCCUGUGUCAGCAGAGUGAUUCAGGUCGAACCCCAGGCCUACACAGAGCCUCAUGGGAACGCCCGCUACAGCCCCCCGCCCCCCUACAGCAGCCACAGCUUCGCCCACGAGACGCACAUCACCAUGCAGUCCACCGUGCAGCUGCGCACGGAGUACGACCCCCACACGCACGCCUACUACACCACCGCUGAGCCGCGCUCCGAGAUCUCUGUGCAACCUGUCACCGUCACCCAGGACACCCUCAGCUGCCAGAGCCCCGAGAGUGCCAGCUCCACCAGGGACCUUCUCUCCCAGUUCUCUGACUCCAGCCUCCACUGCCUCGAGCCCCCCUGUACCAAAUGGACACUCUCGUCUUUUGCAGAGAAGCACUAUGCGCCUUUCCUCCUGAAACCAAAAGCCAAGGUCGUGGUGAUCUUCCUCUUCCUGGGCUUGCUGGGGGUCAGCCUUUACGGGACCACCCGAGUGAGAGACGGGCUGGACCUUACCGACAUUGUCCCUCGGGAAACCAGGGAGUAUGACUUCAUCGCCGCACAGUUCAAGUAUUUUUCUUUCUACAACAUGUAUAUCGUCACGCAGAAGGCCGACUACCCGCACAUCCAGCACCUGCUGUAUGACCUCCACAGGAGCUUCAGCGACGUCAAGUACGUCAUGCUGGAGGAGGACAAGCAGCUCCCCAAGAUGUGGCUGCACCACUUCAGAGACUGGCUGCAAGGACUUCAGGAUGCAUUCGACAGUGACUGGGAAACUGGGAAAAUCAUGCCAAACAAUUACAAAAACGGAUCAGACGAUGGGGUCCUGGCCUACAAGCUCCUCGUGCAGACCGGCAGCCGCGAUAAGCCCGUGGACGUCAGUCAGUUGCCCACGCAGCGCCUGGUGGAUGCGGACGGCAUCAUCAACCCCAGCGCUUUCUACAUCUACCUGACCGCAUGGGUCAGCAAUGACCCCGUGGCCUACGCCGCCUCCCAGGCCAACAUCCGGCCUCACCGACCUGAGUGGGUCCACGACAAAGCCGACUACAUGCCAGAAACACGGUUGAGAAUCCCCGCUGCAGAGCCCAUCGAAUACGCCCAGUUUCCUUUCUACCUCAACGGCUUGCGAGACACCUCGGACUUUGUGGAAGCCAUUGAAAAAGUGAGAACCAUCUGCAACAACUUCACGAGCCUGGGGCUCGCCAGCUACCCCAACGGCUACCCCUUCCUCUUCUGGGAGCAGUACAUCAGCCUGCGUCACUGGCUGCUGCUGGCCAUCAGCGUGGUGCUGGCCUGCACGUUCUUCGUGUGCGCGGUCUUCCUGCUGAACCCCUGGACAGCUGGGAUCAUUGUGAUGGUCCUGGCUUUGAUGACGGUGGAGCUCUUCGGCAUGAUGGGCCUCAUCGGAAUCAAGCUGAGCGCUGUGCCCGUGGUCAUCCUGAUCGCCUCCGUCGGCAUCGGGGUGGAGUUCACCGUUCACGUGGCUUUGGCCUUUCUGACAGCGAUUGGCGAUAAGAACCGCAGGGCCGUGCUUGCCCUGGAGCACAUGUUCGCGCCCGUUCUGGAUGGUGCCGUGUCCACUCUGCUCGGAGUCCUGAUGCUUGCAGGGUCUGAGUUUGAUUUCAUCGUCAGGUAUUUCUUUGCAGUUCUGGCAAUCCUGACCAUCCUGGGUGUUCUCAAUGGACUGGUUUUGCUUCCAGUUCUUUUGUCUUUCUUUGGACCAUAUCCCGAGGUGUCUCCUGCCCACGGCCUAGACCGGCUACCCACCCCCUCCCCUGAGCCACCCCCGAGUGUGGUCCGGUUUGCGGUGCCUCCCAGUCACACGAACAACGGGUCUGAUUCCUCCGACUCGGAGUACAGCUCUCAGACCACGGUGUCCGGCCUCAGUGAGGAGCUGCGGCAGUACGAGGCCCAGCAGGGCACCGGGGGUCGUCCCCACCGAGUGAUCGUGGAAGCCACAGAAAACCCAGUCUUCGCCCGUUCCACCGUGGUCCAUCCCGAAUCAAGGCAUCACCCACCCUCGAACCCUCGACAGCAGCCUCACCUGGACUCGGGCUCCCUGCCCCCCGGACAGCAAAGCCAGCAGACCCGCAGGGACCCUGCCAGAGAAGGCUUGCGGCCACCCCCCUAUAGACCGCGCAGAGACGCUUUUGAAAUUCCUACUGAAGGGCAUUCUGGCCCUAGCAAUAGGGACCGCUCCGGCCCCCGGGGGGCCCGUUCUCACAACCCUCGGAACCCAGCGUCCACGGCCUUGGGCAGCUCCGUGCCCGGCUACUGCCAGCCCAUCACCACUGUGACGGCUUCUGCUUCCGUGACUGUUGCCGUGCAUCCCCCGCCCGUACCUGGGCCCGGGCCUGGGCGGAACCCCCGAGGGGGUCUCUGCCCAGGCUACGAGGGCUACCCCGAGACUGACCCUGGGCUGUUCGAGGACCCCCACGUGCCUUUUCACGUCCGGUGCGAGAGGAGGGACUCGAAGGUGGAAGUCAUUGAGCUGCAGGACGUGGAAUGUGAGGAGAGGCCCUGGGGAGGCAGCUCCAACUGAGGGUGAUUAAAAUCUGAAGCAAAGAGGCCAAAGAUUGGACCCCCGCCCCCGCCCCUUUCCAGAACUGCCUGAAGAGAGCUGCUUGGAGCCAUGGAGACGCGCCCCACCGGGAGAGCAGCUCGCCAUUACUGUAACCCACUGUAUUAUUUUGUUUGUAAAUAUUUCAGAGGUGUGCACAUGUGUAAUAUAGAGGGAAUGCUGUAAAGUGAUGUGGCCUGGGGCUUCCCCGCUCCUGCCCCGCGGUGGGGGGCUUCGGGGCCCCUCCCUUUCUGUACAUUGGUCUCCGUGCCACAACCAAGCUUAAUUUAGUCUUAAAUGUUCAGCAUAUGUUGCUGCUGCUUAAAUAUUGUAUAAUUUACCUGUAUAAUUCUAUGCAAAUAUUGCUUAUGUAAUAGGAUUAUUUUGUAAAGGUUCCUGUUUUAAAAUAUUUUAAAUUUGCAUAUCACGACCCUGUGGUAGUAUGGAAUGUUACUGUUAACUUUCAAACACGCUAUGCGUGAUAAUUUUUGUUGUUGUUUAAUGAGCAGAUAUGAAGAAAGCACGUUAAUCUUGGUGGCUUCUCUAGGGGUAGUUGUAUGCGGUUCUCUGUUUGGUCAUGUGUGUGAACACGUGUGUGAUUUCCCAAUGUACUGUACUGUGAUUUGGGGUUUUUUUGUCUGUUUCUAAUGCUGUCUGUAAUGCUUAGUGGGCUCUGCCCAGUCAGGCUGGAGGGGUCAUGCUGUCCUUGUGGCUCUGUGUUGGUGGAGGGCUGGCCUUGAGCUUCGCCGCACUCUCCAGGGAUGGUCCAGGAGAAGCCGGGCUCUCUUACCAUCACGUUGCCCUCCAGAUGCCCCACCUUGUGCUUUAGAGGGAGUAAGUGCCUUCACCUUGAUCCUGGUGAUGGACGCUGGAACCUCAGGGUGUAGACCCAAUGCUCUCCCUUGGUCAGGAGUGAGGAAGCAGGCCUCAUGGUGGGUCCUUGCCGAGCCUCCAUGAACUCUAGAAAAGCAUGUAGCACCGUGCCCUCUCGUGAUCAGCACACACCGCACAUGUACCCACACACACAGUCCCCCCAUGGCCCUGGUACAGGUAGAAAACCUGUUGGGUUUCUUCUGCCCACAGUAAACCCAGAGGUGACACUUUGAGUCCCUAUGAUUUAAAUUAACAUUGUGAUUAAGUUUACAGUCCCCCUCUUUCUAAAAUGGAACAGCUGGCUGGGGCUUCCUUGGUCUUCUGUAAAACUAAACAGUGAGCGUCCCAUCUGGUGACAAGAGCCGGAAGUCCUGUGGGGUGGGGGCUCUCAGAGGUCCUUCUCUCCAUGUCCACGUUGGGGGCAGGCUUCCUAAACCAGUCAGAACGUGGUCUCCCUCUGCUUUGUGGUCACUGUCUUUUCGGUGUGACGUUUACUGAAGAGCAGGAAGGUGUGAUCGCACACCUGGUAACAUGGGACUGAGGGGACCUGCAGGUGUGGACGGAGGCAGGUUACCCCCUGGACGCUAUUCUUGAAAGGUCUGCGUCUGUGUGAACUCCAUUCUCAGGCUCAGAGGUCUGGGCUUCCUUUUGCCCCUGUAGCCAGAGACCAGCAUGAGUCGGGGAAAGGGCUCCCUGCAAACCAACACAGUCACUUGUCUCUAAGGAGAGGACCAAGUGCCCGCAUGGCUGAAGCCUUAGUUACUGUGGGGGUAACUCAGUGACAGCUCCCAUUAUCCCCCGUUUCACAUGGAAAACCUUCAGAGAAAGGCAGCAGGCCCCGGGGCACAGCAUCACAGUGACCUCAGACCCUGGAACUUGCCACAAAACUGUGAGGUACUAAUAGGAAGCCACCAGGGCCCAGCCACCCCCUGCACUUGUGGGUGCCUGUUCAUCAGCCAUGCUGUCUGCCCUCCUGGCACCGGCUCUGCCAGAAAAUUCCACCCCUACGCUCUGGUGCGCUUCUCCCUCCUCUCCCGAUCCCGGCUUGUGUGGAGCAGGUGAACCAAGCAGCACUGGGUUUCUGUACAACAUAGGACUUUCUCCAGGGGUCACACUGGCCACAGCAGGACUCAGGGCUGGCAGGAAGCGAAUUUCUCUCUCUCUUUCUCUCUCUCUCUCUUUCUCUCUCUCCUUCUUGUCUGUCUUGUUUGUUCAUUUGGAUGUUUUAAUUUUUUUUUAAAGAAAAUCUUUGCUGAUAUUUAUAAUUUUGUAUCAUAAGAAUGUUUUCCUACAGUGUUUGUCAUGCCAGUUUAUAACAAAAAAAAAUGCAGGGAUUUUAUUUCUAUUGGAAACACUAUUACAGCUAUGUUUUACUUUUGAACAGAAUUUUUAUUUGUAUAGAGUGCUUACUAAUGUUAAAUAGUUCAGAGUAUAUAACAUUUACAUUAAGGACUCAUGGUAGGUUUUAGUGUAAGGAGUUUAAAGGAAAUUAAUAUUCAAACUGGGUCUCGUUGUCUGCCGAUUUGGGGCGGAAAUGAGUUUGUGUCAUUUCAAUUACAAAGAUAAAAGUAUGCCAUAUAAUUUAUUUAUAUGAAAAUUUAUUUUUGUAGUGUACAUAGUAGUCAUCGAGUCUUUUGACAGAAGUAUAUUUUUAAAGAAUUUAUAUGUGAUGAAUCCAAGAUGUCUGGAAUUUUGCUGAGACAUGAGUGGGGACACUUUUCAUUGUAAAUUACGGCCAGGCAAAAGAAAAUGUUUUAACAGUGUUAAGAGAGUGAGGGUGAGUGGAUUUUCCCGCGAUCGUGACACACGUGUUAGUUAUCCUUGUGACCUAGGUGGUUCUCACCUUGGAAGGUGAAAAUGUACAAACUCUCUAAAUAUUAAUGUUCAAACACUGAUAGAAAUUCUAACAUGAAUAAAAAAUAAUAUAACUCGUUGGUUA